AUGGUUUCUUCUUCCGACACAGGAGUAUCAGACACAGUGGACCCCAUGGCGGUUGUGUCAGACGAUGAGAUACCAUCCGAGGGAGAUGUUUUCACGUCAGAUACCACGAGCACGGAUGACGAUGAUUUUCAGCCUUUCGCUCUGCUAGACAUCGGAGUUGAGGUUCAGUCUGCUGAUGACACCAUGGUUUCUUCUUCCGACACAGGAGUAUCAGACACAGUGGACCCCAUGGCGGUUGUGUCAGACGAUGAGAUACCAUCCGAGGGAGAUGUUUACACGUCAGAUACCACGAGCACGGAUGACGAUGAUUUUCAGCCUUUCGCUCUGCCAGACAUCGAAGUUGAGGUUCAGCCUGUUGAUGGCAUUCUAGCUGGGGAUCUCCCUCUUGCUGUGAUCCCUGUUCCCGUUCCACUUGCUGCUUUUCCCGUGGCGGAUGUGCCACUCGAUGUCGUGUCUGAUGACGACAUUGAUCUUUUCGAGGAGGGUCCCCCUGAGGACGACUAUGAGGGUGGGGCCCCGAUUGAUGAUGAUGCUAUCCUUCCUAUUGCUGAGGCCCCUGUAGAGGAGGCUCCCUCUGGUUCACCUGUUCCAGACUCGUUUGAGUCUGUGGGAUCCGCUUCUUUGCACGACCAGGGCAUACAGCGCCACUCUCCUGACGCCGACCCCGACAUAGCGAUGUCAGCUGCACCUGGUCCGUCACUCGAGUUUGAGUUUGAUCAUGAGAUCGAUGACGAUUUUGAUCCAGUUUUUCCUCCUGAUUUCGAUCCUGAUCAUGAGAUCGAGUUUAUUCAUAUGGACCAGCCCUUAGAGGCACCAGUGGCUCCUAUUGAUCCGCUGUUUGACAUUCCUACCGACUUUGAUAUGGACUUUGUUGACCCUGGGCCUGUUAUAGCACCAGAGCCUGUCGUUGACCAUGACCCUGUUCUUGAUGAUGCACCAGCCAUUGCACCGCCUGAUUUGGAUGCACCAGCCCUUGCACCACCCAUUGUUGACCUACCCAUUGUUGCACCACCAGUGGUGGAUGAUCCUAUUGUUGAUGCACCUUUACCUGAUCCCGUGCCGGCAUUGGUUGACUGUGCACCUUUCACCGCUCACAUCGAUCCUCGUCAUGCUGACACCCGUAACGGGUGGAUCGAGGAUGAUGAUGACUAUCCACCGUUUGUGCUACCUGUCACUCCUCCCGUAGCCCCUGUUUCUACACCUAUUGAGAUUCCAUUAUUUCCCCCACACACCUCUGACGCCCAUCGCACUGACCUUCCUAUCACGUUCCUCCAGGACAUUCCGCCACCUCGUCCUGGGGAGGGUUCAUCGAGGCAGCCACCUGUUUCUGUUCCACCUGUAUUGGCAUCUGUUCCUUUCAUGUCUCAGUUCCCGCAUACUGCACCAUCCUUCGUACCUUCGGGCGAGCCAUUUCUGUGGGCUUCGCCCAAUGUUAUGCCAUUAUCAGACCCGUAA